UUUGAUUUCCCUGUGCCUCCAUGGACUUUCCGGUCGAAGAUGUAUGUACAUUCCUUCGUAUUUGAAUUCUCGGGGUAGGAAAUUGUGAAUGAUCGAGGGAAACGUCGAUCAAAAGCGGCGGCGGGUCCAAUCGGGGGACGGGGUCUCGCCGCGGCGGCGGCGGCGGCGACGAGUGGGAAGAGCUACUGUCGGGAAGCUGGCCAAGGGAAAAAAACCAGAGUCCCACAUCUCAGAUCUCCGCUUCUUCUCGGGGACGGAAGAAAUGGCGGAACCGAUCGCGAAGCCGGUGAUCUCCGCUCUCGUAGCCCUGGUCCUGGUCCUGGUCUCGGUCUCGUCGGCCCUCGCUGGUCGGGACGCCGUGCCGUUCAUCGUCGCUCACAAGAAGGCCGCCCUCGGCCGGCUCAGAUCCGGCGCCGAUCGCGUCUCCGUCACUGUCGACGUCUACAACCGCGGGGCUUCGUCUGCCUAUGAUGUGAGUCUUGUGGAUAAUAGUUGGCCAUCGGAUGUCUUUGCUGUUGUCAGUGGUAACACAUCUAGGACAUGGGAAAGGAUCGACGGUGGUGGUCUUGUAUCACACUCUUUUGAAUUGGAGGCCAAAGAAAAAGGGAUGUUUGCUGGGGCGCCUGCAGUAAUUACAUUUCGAAUUCCCACUAAAGCUGCUCUACAGGAGGCCUAUUCUACUCCUAUACUGCCUCUUGAUAUCCUCGCAGAUAGACCACCACAGCAGAAGAUUGACUGGGUUAAGGUACGAGUAGUCGUGAUCUUUCUUCUAAUCUUUCAGUUUCAGCUUAAGUGGUUGUCAAUGGAUGUCAUGGUAUUUUGUUCUAGCAUCUCUUUCUUGUCUGUUUCUGGAUAUAUAUAUGAACCUAUCAAGCAGUGAGUGUAAGUGGAAAAAGGAUGUGCAUCCAUAUCCACAGCAAUAAAAGGAGCUAGGAUGCCUGGCAAUGUCUGCUUUUAUCUUUGAUUUUCCUUAUCAUCUCUUCUUUUUAAGCCUUAUAAUUAUCUAGUCUAGUGGCAUAUCACGGUGCGAAACAACACUCUAGGUUAGCUUCAGUCUGCAGUGGUUGAUUUGUCAACUGGCCAUCGUGAUUUUACCUCAUAAAAGUGGAUAAUGUGAUUCUGCUGUCUAUUCUCUCAAACCCUUGGCUCACUUCCUCAGCUUUUUGAACUUGAUGUAUAGUACGAUCAUAUCAGGCAGAGGGUGUAUCUUCUUUUUCUCUUGCCACUAAGUUCUAUUAUUCUCUACUGCAGAGGUUGCUGGCACAGUAUGGAUCUCUAGUUUCUGUAAUUUCCUUCGUGGUUCUCUUUGUGUACUUGAUCUCCUCUCCAUCAAGAUCAAGUGCUGCCAAAGGUAGCAAGAAAAGGCGCUGAUCAAAGUAGGCUCGUUUCUGAUUAGAUUUUGCACUGUUGCAUGCGCGAGUAAUUAAUCAGACCAUUCUAUCUUCUUGGGAACCAUAAAGUGACCUUUGCGGUCAGAAAUUUCCUGAAUAGAUGGAAUUUUGAGCUUGAGAGGACCAACUAAUUUCUAGGUAGAGUAACAUGAAGCUGGUCGAGAAGUUAAAUUUAGUUGCCUAUGUACAUUUUGUGAUGAGCCAUUAAUUUUUCAUUGAAUAGCAUGUCCGGCUUCCAGUUCUAUUUCACUUGAUUAUAUCCGGUAUCGUUUUUCCCCCAGCUACGAUUGCAUGUUUGUGUGCAAAGUGCUGAUGAGGCACACGAGAUGAAGGCUGCAUCGUUGUCUUGUUAUCUGCUCUGAGAUUCGAGUAACCCUCGAUUUGUUCCUUCUUGCAAGGAAAUUUUGCUCAUAAUUCUUGACAUGAACCGUGGGAUAUGACUUCAUCACACACUGUCUAAUUUAUUUCCAUGCUCUGGCUAUUGCGUGUUGAUUGGUGGUUAUCUUCUCUACACUCAUACACGUUUUGGGAAGUUUACUUUUCGACCAAUGAAUAAACUGCUAAGUUAUCUGAAAGAAGUAGGCCUCCAACCAAUGUUUUCUGGAGCAAUGUCGUCUACCAAUGGAACAGAUGCGAGGGCGAACGAAGUCUCAUUCGGAACGAAUGCGAAGUUAUGUGGCUUAUAGCUUUGGCGCCGUGGUUCUAAAGGUCGGCUCCUCGUGGAAUUAGCAUGUUGGGGCUGUGUAAAGCUCGUGCCUUUCGUGUGAGCUUUGUCCCAAUAGAUAUAUGCCUUGCUGCCCUGGUACAAGGUGUAGCUCGGAGCUAUCUGCUUUUUGGCCCCUUCUUUACACUGGUGAAUAUGCAUAGAGACCAUUUAACCAGAAGGGACGGAAUUUGAGCCAUCAGGAGCUCCUGAUGGGCUAUGGCAACUGAAAUAGGAGAUGCACUUGUCCACGCAAACGUUUGCGUUCCGAUGUCCGGUGUAACUCAAUCUUCGGCUUCCGGUGUGAUCAUCGGUGACAGCUUGCGAUCACGAACUCUGGCCUCGUCGCAAAAGGUCAACUCAGAUGAGAUGAGAGGCUCGUGCCAACAUUAGGAGCUAUCAUUUUAGUAGCCGGUGGCUCAAGUUAGCAUGGCCCAAGGAUUUUAGGAAAACUAGACCCCAGAACAGUUCCCAUGUUGCUCUCCUCGCUUCUGUCAUGAGUCAUAUGACCCACCUUUUGCCUCCUUAGUUUCAUUGCCCAUCUUGACGACUCUGCACACACUGCAAUGUGCAAACAGUUGUGGAAGGAAGAAGCCGCCAAAAAAAACACGUUGGACGCUUUAGCCAGACGAAGUUUCCUUUGAUCGAGAAAUGACCGACUGUUCACCGUAAAUUAUUGUUUCCGAUGUGAUUGUGGGUGAACUCCGGCUUGGGUUCGAGUUCGCUUGACACGAGUCCCACAUGAUCAAUGGAAGCGGAUAUGUCGAGUUCAUAAACCCCGGUUCAAGUUCAAGUAAGAGUAUCUUCGGACCGCGUCGCAAUCGAGGUCGGUUCCCCGCGAAUUGGGUUGGUCUUACUUCUAACCACUGAAAUCCAUUAAUGUCUAUCAUGUGCCCUAAUCAAAAUUUGAUGAGUGAAAUCUGUGAUAUUUCACCCCUGCCUACUAAGAACAAUUCAGCAAGAAUCGAUUUGCACGGGGACAUUUACGAAGCAACCAAAUAAAGAAGAUUUUCAAUACUGAUCUGAUAUAUAUACAAUUGAUGUUUUAAAAUCUAAGUAAUAUAAUAAGCGCCUUACAAUUAUAGGGAAUCCUUAACAGAACCGCAGUUAAUAAAUUACAGACAGGUCGUGUUUCGCCGUAGCAAUUAAGAAAGCCACGAGAUAGGACAGAACAGAGCACGGCUUCAUCUCUCUCUCUCUCUCGCUCUCUGCAUUUACGAACACAAAAACAAAGAAAUCAAUGACAGUUUGAAUUCAUCUCCAUCGUCGCGGAAAGGGCAAAGCAGGAGCGAGGAAGAUGAGCUACCAGAGAGCUCCUCACGACCCUUACCCUCCUCCACCAGGGUACCCAUCUGCCCCCCAGCUGCCGCCCGGCUACCCUUCGGCCCCGCCGGGCUACCCUUCGGCUCCGCCGUUCGAGGCCUAUCCGUACCCUCAGCCUCCGUUGCCGCCGCCGCCGCCGCCGCCUCGGCCGCCCUUCGAGGGGUACCAGGGGUACUUCGCCGGAGGGUAUCCUCCGCCGCCGCCGCCGUCGCUGCCUCAUUACCACCAUCACCACUAUGAUAAUCACCACUAUAACGAUCAGCCGGGCUGUGCUUCCUUUUUGCAGGGCUGCUUGGCUGCGCUCUGCUGCUGCUGUAUGAUGGAGGAAUGCUGCUUCUUUCUUCGCUGAAGACGGAUGAAUUAUAAUACCUGAUGCACUGGUUGGUUAUCGUUUGCGACAUUGCCCAUGAAUUGCUAUUAUUGAAGAUUGUUGUUGAAUCUGGUAUGUCUUUGUUAUAGCUGUUUGCUGAGAAAGAAACGGUGUUCCAUGUUUAUUAAAGAUACAGUUGUGGAGUCUGAAAGCAUAGAGGUAUUUUGUUGUUAAUGGAAUAUAUGUAAUUUUCAUAUUAAAGCGAGUAAAUAGUACCGUUGCUAA